GUAUACAUAUUUACGAUAUUAGACAAACUUCAUUCCUUUUUCCCGGGUAGUAAUUUGUUUUGGGCACCCUGGUUGAGGAGACACGUGAAAGAAGAAUGCCUGUUCUUCACAGCCCAGCGGUCGGGAAAUGGGCCAACAUUGUCUCAACCAACAAAGGAUGGGCAAAGUGUAAUUAAUGCAGAAUCUAGGCAAACACUGUGGCAUAUUCCUAUGGAUUGUCUGGUAGGCCUCCUGGUGUUACACAAAUGAGGUGAAUGGCAUCUAAGAAUAUAAUGAGUUAUCUAUUCCCAUCUUGCUCAUUCCCAUCUUGCUCAUUCUCAUCCGCCUCAAUCAACCAGACCUUGCUAUCAAUUACAGCAUAGCAUUACCGUCCCUAUCUCAUUCAUAAGUCUCACUUCAUGAUAUACGGACGUCGUCAAGGAAUUUCACGCGCAUGGCGACCACCUGCGCCUGUGACUCCAUCAACAGCACCUCCACUCGGAGAUGUAAUUGAGCGCAUCACUCAAGACAGCCUCAAAAGCGAUGGCGGCCACGUGGGGAUUGAGAACGCCAAAGUAGUCGCAUCCUACAACUGGAUAAGCUCAUCUUCUCCCGAGAUCAUCAUCCCAGGUCAACCUCCAAGAUGGACACCUCUCAAAGGCCCGAACAAGCUGCCUGGUGACGCUGGCGAGUACUAUCGCGAUGUGAACGCAGCAGCCUACCCCAAGCAUCCUCUUGAACCUGCAAUUGUCUCUGUCAUGAAGAUGAAUCCCGACCCUGUCCCGGUCAACAUCGUUGCGUGCGGAAGUACGAUCGGGAACCUCUUGCGCUUUGCUCGAGGCGUUGAUCUGGAUCGCUCGUUUCGCAUGCUCGUUGAGAAGGUCGGUGAGACUGUCCAUCUCAUUCGCCGAGAGAAUUCACCUCGCGAGAAGAUUGAAGGCGUACGAGGAUUCGGGCAUACAUUUCCAGAGGCGUACACUACCUGGGACUCUUCAGUCAAGCGCUCGACCUCCCAUCAGCGAAUCCUUUCAUAUCAAUUCGGCGGUCUUGAUCUUAUAGUCCGCUUCGAAGGCGACGGGUACAUUUCGUCCAGUCCUAUCGCGAAUACUGUGAAGGGGCAAGCUUUUGACGAUUUGGAAAGUCUCGGCAUCACUGAAUCGCUGUCAAACGGUACUGGCAAACUCAAAGUGUCAGAUGGAGGUGAAUCCGUCCCCCAAAGCAGCAUCUUCGACUUGAAGACGCGAUCAAUCAUGGCUCGUGAAAAAGAUCACCUCGGCGAACAACUUCCACGCUUGUGGAUCGCUCAAGUCACGCAAUUCCUCCUCGCCUACCACGAAAGAGGUCUCUUCAGAGACUCCAACAUUGAGAUCAAGAAUGUCAAAGCCGACAUCGCCGAGUGGCAGGAACUCAACCAGCCAUCGCUCAAGCGUCUCGCUGUACUCCUGCGCCUCAUAAUUGACAAGGCCCACGCGUCAAAAGACGGUAAGUUGGAGAUCGUAUGGUCCAACGGCGGCGCCCUCGAGAUUCGCAAACAGCUGUCGGAUGCAGGUGACGUCUUGUCUGAACCUGUCAGGAAGCAAUGGGAGGCUUGGUUGGGGAGUAAGAGCAGGAAUCCGGAGGACUCGGAGCGCGAGGAAGAGUUGAUGGCGGCGCAAUCGGAUAGUGAGAGUGACAGUGAUUAUGCUGCGUGUGAUCAAGAGUGCGGAUAUUGCGGAAAGUGUAUAUACUGAGGAGUCGCUGGUGGGAUGAGAAUGUCAUGAUGUACCUGGCGAGUACAUAGCAUUAAACCGCCGAUGAUGUUGACAGACAUACCCUUCAGUAGCCAUUCUUACUGAACUACCGAGUUACAGAUCAUCAACUGGAUAAGGGACCUUCCAGAUGAGACAAGGAAUGCUGACAGACG